GUAGGCCGUGACUUUUCAUCUUGAUUUCAUUCCAAUAGCGACCAUUUUAGGACCCUGGGUUUGGUAUUACAGUUGAAAUGCUGACAGCUUCAAUGGCUACUAAACAGAAGGAUGCUAAUCAACUCCAAACUGCCCCUUUUGACCCUCGUUUUCCAAACAUGAAUCAAACCAAGUACUGUUACCAGAGCUACGUGGACUUCCACAGGUGCCAGAAAGUGAAAGGUGAAAAAUAUGAUGCCUGCCAAUAUUUCCAUCGGGUUUAUAAGUCAUUAUGCCCUAACGCAUGGGUUGAAAAGUGGAACAAUCAAGUAGAAGAGGGAGUAUUUGCUGGAAAGGUCUAACUUUCUGUUUAGAUUGGAACUUAGUUAAUUUUCCAAUUUUGUGGUAAAAUGUAUUAUAUCCUAUAGAAAAUUGUAAUAAAUAUCCGCUUUCAAUAAAGUUUUAUUUAUGUUAUUUCGU